AUAAAUCAUUCCCCCAUCCUCCGUCCCAACUCUACCUUCCCUCGACCUCACCAUGACCCAACUAGUCGGGUCGGACCCGUCUCCCGAAUCGAACACUCAUCGCACAGUUACCGAAGACUCCGACACUCCAAACAAUCGGGACACCGCCCUGCCGCCGCCAUCGGAACAAGACAUCAGCGACAUCGUCACCUACAUUGGCAAAGCCUCGGCUUCCACGGGCCAGGAAAACGAGGUAGCAGGAGAAGCAGGAGACCGACACGAACACGCCACUUCUUAUUGGGACGCCGGUGCCAUGGCGCCCCUUAAUGCCAGAUCCGCGGCCGCCAUAGCCCGUCUGCGUGCCUACCGACCGCCUCCAUUCCCCGUCUGGGACCGUCUCCCCGCCAGCCGCCGCGCCGCCGUCCUCCUGCUCCUCUACGCCGACCGCCGCGGGGACCUCCGCGUCAUCAUCACAAUGCGCGCCACCAGCCUGCGCAAUUUCUCGGGCCACGCCGCGCUCCCCGGUGGGAAGGCCGACAGCGUACAUGAAACGCCCUACCAGAUCGCCCGCCGUGAAGCAUGGGAAGAAAUCGGCCUCCCGCUGGAUGCCCGCCUCCCGAAGCCCUUCCGCAUCGAACCCCUCUGCGAACUCCCCUGCAACAUGGCGCAGACCCAUCUCGUCGUCCGACCGUGCGUGGCGUUCCUCCACAUCGACCGCGACGCAUCAUCAUCGUCCUCAUCGUCCUCAUCAGCAGCAACAACAACAACAACAACAGCAGCAGCAGCAGCAGCAGCAGCAGCAGCAUCAGCAACACAGCAGAACAACAAAUCCAAGUCCAGCAACGACGACGACGACGACGACGGCGGCGGCGACAUGUCCAUCAUCCCCCGCCUGGACGCCAAGGAAGUAGCCGCCGUCUUCACCGCCCCGUUCCACAACUUCCUCCUCACGACCGACGAGCCGCGGCCCGAGCGGACCCGCCGUCCGCUGCCGCCGGGCCACUGGUACGACGGGCGGUGGCUGAGCUUCCGCGACCAGGCGUGGCGCGUGCACAAUUUCCACGUCCCCGUCGACGGGCAGAAGGUGAGCAAGCCGCAGCAGUCGCCGCAGCAGGAGGAGAAGACAUCGCCGGAAGAAGAACCGCAGACGCGGGGCGAGAACGGGACGACCGCCGCGCAGGAGGAGCUGGCGAGGAAACUCGCCGAGGAGGAGAAGGAGACGGGCAGGUACAAGGUGUGGGGCAUGACGGCGCAUAUCCUCCUCGACGCGGCGCGCAUCGCGUACGACGAGGAGCCGGAGAUGGAGCAUAAUCCCCACUUGGGAGACGAGAGGCUCAUUGCGGAGGCCGAGGUUGAAGGGCUUCUGUUCGACAAGAAGCGUGGGGCGGAGGGAGGAGAGGAGGGCGAGGGCAAGGGCAAGGGCAAGGGCAAGACAGAACCGGUGAAGAUGUGAAGGGGUGGAGGGAAGGGAGCGGCCAGAAAGACGAAUUGUCUGGACCCAAAUCACCCCUGCCACCCCGGGUCAGGCCACAUCAGGCUCCUAGAUGGUCACUCUCACGUGUCUAUGAACUUGUUCUGCAUUUUGCACGCUACCUCCCUGAAGUCAGGGGUCCUGCAAUUUUUAUUUUUACUUCAUGUUCGUUUUUUAUUUUUUAUUUCUUUCUAGAAGUCUUGUCAUCCAGUUGAUUCCCAGCAUAGGUGGGUGGGUAGGUCGUGGGCGGGUCAUUCGGUAUUGGAAUCCGAGGCGACAUGCUAGAGACGGAAAACGGCCCCGAGGAUAGAAUCUACAAUUGGAAAUCUCGCUUCUUGUUUCUUCGCUUUCGUCUUCGUCCUCGUCUUCGUCCUCGUCUUCGUCCUCGUC